AUGUUUAGGUCUGCAAGCUGUAUUCUAUUGGCCGCCAAGACCAUACCCAUCAAUCCACAGAAGCCGUUUAAGUUGCACACUGCCGGCCGUGAUGAUGUUCCUCCUGUUCCUACCACCGCUACAUAUGACACGGAACAAAUGAAGAAGUGCCUCGAAAUGAUGUUUCGAAUUCGUCGCAUGGAAUCGCUUUGUGACCAGUCUUACAAACUUAAGAAAAUUCGUGGCUUCUGCCAUCUUUACAUUGGCCAGGAAGCCAUUCCUGUUGGUAUGGAGAAUGUUUUAACAUUGGAAGAUCUCAUUGUCACGGCAUAUCGUGACCAUGCGUGGUAUAUCGUUCGCGGUGGUACACCAGGGGAGGUGUUUGCCGAGAUGUUUGGUAAAGAAGGUGGCUGUUCGAAGGGGAAGGGUGGAAGCAUGCAUAUGUACUCUGUGAAAAACAAUUUUUUUGGCGGUAACGGAAUUGUGGGUGCGCAAGUGCCAAUUGGCGCCGGCCUUGGAUGGCGGUUUGCCCUUGAGAACCGUGAUAAACCGCGCAAUGUGGCGGUUACCUUCUAUGGUGAUGGCGCCGCAAAUCAGGGGCAAGUGUUUGAAGCUAUGAAUAUUGCUGCAAUUCAUCGCAUUCCUGUCAUAUUCUGCUGUGAAAAUAACCAAUUUGGUAUGGGCACGAGCAAAGAACGUGCGGCGUACCAGCCUGAGAUGUACCGUCGUGGCGACUACAUUCCGGGCCUUCAGGUGGAUGGCAUGGAUGUACUUGCUGUGCAGGAGGGAACUCGAUGGGCCAAAGAAUGGUGUCUCUCUGGCAAAGGACCCAUUGUGCUUGAGUUUGACUCAUAUCGUUACGUCGGUCAUUCUAUGAGUGACCCUGACAGCCAAUAUCGCAAAAAGAGCGACAUCCAGGAUGUGCGCAAAACUCGUGACUGCAUUCACAAGAUGAAGGAUUUUAUGCUUGAAGAAGGAAUCAUGACGGAUGAAGAGAUGAAGAAACUCGAGAAGGAUGUUAAGAAAGAAGUUGAUCAGCAGCUGCAGCCAGCGGAGAAGCAGAAACCUACACCUCGAAGCGAGCUCUUUACUGAUAUUUACGUUGGGGAGCAGUACGAGCAUCGCACGACCCAAGGCACGGUGUAUGCCAAGCCCUGA